UCGGCCAAGUAGGGCAAUAGACAGACAAUCAGCAGCACAGCUUCGCUUCUCAACUGUACCACAGACUUCCAAACGGCUGCUGAACCUGGACGACUGGACAAACCUGUCCUAAAGCAUUUGAGGGACAACUGCAGGUAAUAUAAUUUCUUUUAACACUGCAUGGGUCAUGUUUCUACAUCUGCAUGUCAAAGCCAUGAAGGUUCUCUGUAUGCUGCAGCUGGCCUGUUUGGUUGGCUUCAGUGCUGCCAGAACCAGAGAGUGGGCUCACCACGGUGCCCCAAUGUUUGCCGACCUCACUGUGCAGGAGAUGAAAGCCGUCCGAUCCUACCUGCAUGGCAUUCCAGAGAUGAAACUGACAGAUGCUCGAAGUAAAACUAUGGAGAGGAAUAGUAUCCUACUGAUGGAACUCCACUUGCCAAAGAAACAUGAGGCCCUGAGAGCACUGGACCGCGGUCAGGCCAGACCCCCCCGCCAAGCUCGAGUGAUCAUCCAGUUUGGGAACCAGACCACACCGAACAUCACAGAGUACAUUGUGGGACCGCUUCCAUCCCCAAAGUCUCACGAAGUCAGAACCUUCAAGGGAAAGAAACCGGUCCAAUUCGAGUCCAGGCCGAUCACCAUUGUAGAGUAUGACCACAUUGAAAACCUCCUGAAGAAGAUUGCAGCUCAAGCUUACAAGCUUCUUUUUGAGACAACGGGAGGCUUUUCUUACACAAAUUGUUCCAACCGCUGCCUGACGUUCUCAGACAUCGCUCCCCGAGGCCUUGCUCCAGGUGAAAGAAGGACAUGGAUCAUGCUGCAGAAGUUUGUAGAAGGUUAUUUCAUUCAUCCAAUUGGAUUUGAAGUAUUGGUCAACCAUCGGGAUCUAGAUCCAGAAAAGUGGACGGUUGAGAAGAUCUGGUACAACAGUGUGUAUUUUGACAGUGUCAAGGAGCUGAUAGAGAAGUAUGAAUCGGGAGAAGUGGAGAAGCUGAAACUGCCAGAUCACAACGAUGAAGACUUUUACUCUACCUACAUACCUCGAGGUCAUAGUAACACACCAACUAAUAUUCAUGGGCCAAAGCUUGUUGAACCCCAGGGACAUCGCUACUCCAUAGAUCGUAACUUUGUUGAGUACGCUGGGUGGUCCUUCGCCUACAGAGUUCGCUCAUCGGCUGGCCUUCAAGUCUUUGACCUUCGCUUUAAUGGAGAGAGGAUCGCUUAUGAGAUCAGUCUUCAGGAAGCCAUAGCCUUCUACGCUGGGGAUACUCCUGCUGCCAUGCAAACAAAGUACAUCGACGCAGGCUGGGCAAUGGGAACCUCAACUUACGAACUGGCACCUGGAAUCGACUGCCCAGAGAUUGCCACCUUUGUAGACCUUUACCAUUACUUUGACACAGACAAACCCAUGCGCCACAAAAAUGCUCUGUGUAUUUUUGAGAUGACCACUGCCAUGCCCCUACGGAGGCAUUUUAACUCCAACUUUCAAGGAGGAUACAACUUCUUUGGAGGUCUGGAGAACACUGUGCUGGUGUUGCGAACAACUUCAACAGUUUACAACUAUGAUUACAUCUGGGACUUCCUGUUUUACCCCAAUGGAGUGAUGGAGGUAAAAGUCAGUGCUACCGGAUACAUCCAUGCCACUUUCUUCACACCUAAUGGACUUCACUAUGGCACAAAAGUGUACGACUACGUGCUGGGCAACCUGCACACUCACCUCAUCCACUACAAAGUGGACCUUGAUAUUGCUGGUCGAGAUAACAGCUUUGAAACGAUAGACCUGAAGUAUGUGAACUUCACCAAUCCGUGGAGCCCAAAUCACUUCAUCGUCCAGUCCAAACUUCACAGGACGGAGCACAAGACGGAGCGAUCGGCUGCAUUCCGCUUUGGCAAAAAGUUCCCUCGCUAUGUGCACUUUUACAACCCCAGUGAGAAAAACAAGUGGGGCCACCAGAAGGGUUAUCGAAUUCAGUUUAAUUCCCAUGCACACAGUGUCCUUCCUAAAGGCUGGAAAGAGGAAGUUGGCAUCAGUUGGUCAAGAUAUCCUCUGGCUGUGACGCGCCACAGGGACAGUGAAGCCACCAGCAGCAGUAUCUUCACUCAGAACGACCCCUGGGAGCCUGCAGUGUCCUUUGAGGACUACAUCCGCAACAAUGAAAACAUAGUCAACCAGGAUCUGGUUGCCUGGGUUACGGUGGGCUUCCUACAUGUACCUCAUUCAGAAGACAUCCCCAACACGGCGACACCCGGCAACGCGGUGGGCUUCUUCCUCCGACCCUUCAACUUCUUCAAUGAAGAUCCCUCUCUAGCAUCCAAAAGCACCGUCAUCGUCCGGCCAGGGCAGGACGGCAAACCUAAAGUUCAGAGGUGGACACCGGAGGUCGUAGGUCACUGUGUGACAGACAAGCCAUUUUUUUACAACGGAACCUACACUGGAGUUUAGAAGCAUAGAGUGUCACACUGUACACUAUGUUUGUCGAUGCUGAAGGAAAAACACAGGAAUCAGAAUUAUAAUGCUGUAUGAGCAGGAAAGCAUGCAGCUGAGAUUAUGGACAUUCUCAGUCCAUAAUCCCUGAGAAUGUGACAACUCUUUAGACGUGUUUUAUUUCCUUUCUGUUUUCUUUUUAAAUUUUUUUUGUUUUACAUUUUUGACUAAAUGUUUUUCAAAAGGAAAACUUAAUCAAUGACACCUCAUGUUGUGUAAAUUUGUAGACGACAGAUAGAACACUGCAUGCUGAAUUUAAUCUACACCUUCUUUGUAUGUUUGUCAGGUUCUUUAUUUUACCAUUGAAUUUAAUGAGUAGUGUGCCUGUUGUUAGGCAGGUUCUGUAAUGCAGCUACUGUUAGGUUGUAGGGUACACACAUGAUGGUAUAAGAAGCUAAAAGAUACUAUGAGUCAACAUUUGGGAACCGUUCUAAUCCCACAUUGGGUCUCCAUGGAUGAGCUUUAGCAACAGUGAGCAUCCAGGAUUCAGGAUCCUCCACAUCCGCCCUGCCUGGUGUAAGACUGCUGCCCCUUCCACCCCCUCCAUUUGUGGGGGUGGAGGGCAGGGAGGACACCCUGCCUGCCCCCAUGCCAGGAAUGUUUUCACUGGAGACACAUCAGGGCUUGAAAAGCAAACAGUGCGAUUCCGGAUGCUUCCAAGCAAACACAUCAGGAUGCCACCUGGUUGUGCUGUUGCCCCUGGAAACCAAGGUUUUACUGUGCAGAGCAUAAAAGGCACAUACAGCAGCUCUGCCCUUCAUGUAUGCAUGUAUUCCUAACGUUGUACUUUCAUGACAAAUCAAACUGUCUUCAUCUAAUUGCAUAUUAAACAACUGAACUACCUUGUAUAUGAUUUCAAGGCAAAUGUUGGUCUUUUUUGCUGAUAUUUUAUGCUGUAGAACACAGAUCCAAUUGGUUGGGCUAGAAUGGAUUUUGUUGCAGCCAGCUGGAUUGUGAGAAGAGUAAACAUCUUGUGCUUUGGAAUAAAAGAAUCUUCCCAACAGCU